AUGUCCUUUUUGGAGGAGAAACCAGGCGUGAAAAUGGACUCUGAAGACUGUGAAAGAGAUGAACUUCAGUGCCACUCAGAAGGUCCAAGAGUGAAGGCCAAAGGCCUGGAGAAAUUCACCAUCCAUGACGGGGAUCACAAAGUAUUGGUCCCGGACUCUGGGACCCUCAGAGCUGUUCUGUAUAAAACCUACAUACUCCCAGAGACCUUCUUUGUAUCAGCCUCCCACGUGAGGUCAACUUGUGAGGAGAGAGGAAGCCUGAUUCUCUUGGCCGUCUCUAAAGGCGAGCUGUGUCUCUUCUGUGACGUGAACAAAAGACAAAGCCAGCCAUCCUGCAGCUGAAGUUGAGCUUCAAAGCAGAAACUUUCCGACGUGGCCACCCAGAAGGAACCAUCAUGCCUGCCCUUCAUCUUUUAUAGGGUUAAGGUGGGCUCCUGGAACACCUUGGAGUCAGCUGCCCAACCCGGAUGGUUUGUCUGCACCUCCUGCAAUCCUGGGGAACCGGUUGGAAUGACAAAUACUUGCGGGAGAAGGAAACACACUGAGUUUUCAUUUCGGCAAUUCUGCAAAGCUGAAAUGAGCCCCAGUGAAGUCAGAGAAUAA